UAGUUGAUGUGCAUGCAAAGUUUUGUCGUGAAAUAAAUAAAGAAAUAUCAGUCAAAACAAUACGAAACGUUCUUCGAAGAAAUGGAUAUGUUUUUAAAGUUAAAAAAAGAUGUCCUGCUCUUACUGAUCAACAUAAAAUAAAACGUUUAAAAUUUGCAACAAAAUAUAAAGACUGGACCAUUGAUGAUUAG